AUGGCGGUGUUCGCGAACACCAGCAUCACCAUCAAGGUCUUAGAGCCACGGAAGGGUGAGAAGUCGGAAGGCUCCGGGGACUACUAUUGGGGCAUGGUGGAUCAAGCCGCCCCCAAGGACCUUUUCAGCAUCAAGGCCAGCGGCGCGAUGAAGGUGAAGGACCUCAAGGCGGCCAUUUCCAAGGAGAAGGGCUAUGCCGUCGAGAGCCAGCGGCUGAUGUACUUCGGCGGCGAGCUGGAGGCGCAGCGGCUGACCCGGGGAAGUUUGGCGGAAGCUGCGGGAUUUCGGCGCCGAAAUCGGGGGUCACUCAAGGGUGCGCCCGACACCCGAACCCUGGAGAGCGCGGGCAUGUGCAACACUGCAGCUUAG